AUGAGCAUUGACUAUGGCGAUAGUCCCAACUCCCCCGCUCCGACGCUGGAAUCUGCCCGGACAAAACUCCAGGAGGGCGGUCUGCUUACGUACUCUGCACCCCUCACCCGCACUCCGCCUCGGCGCGUCUUGUCUUCAACACGCGCGCGCCCAGAACUCCACAAGUUCAAGCUCCGCCGUGACGAGGGGCUCCUUGGUCUUGCAAUGAACGAUGCGACGACGUCUUUGCUCACGGAGCAUUUUAGCUAUACACCCCUGUCGCUCAUUGACGACAUUAUCAACUCGAUCAACAAUUUGAUCUAUCAGGCAAUCUCAAGUUUGGAAUCGGGUCUUCUUGCCACGCCACCCGAGCGCCUAGGAUUCGGACACGCGAACAAUGGGUCGACAAUACCCGAUACGGACGAGGAUGGCAAUGUGGUCUAUCCGGAAGCGAGGUUAGAGAUUGAAAAUGGGUUGCAUCAGCUGGAAACAUUGCUGGAGGCCAAUGUGGACAAGGCAUUUGACAAAUUCGAGAUCUACGUCCUGAGAAAUAUCCUCACUGUGCCGGAGGAUCUCCUGUUUUGGGUGCGGCUCAAACAUUACGAGGGACUGUCCUUCACACCGAGCCCCGAUGCACCCACCCCAGAGACCAUUCUUGCCCUGCGAAAGAGAGUCUUGGAGACUCGAAAGCUCACGCGGUCACUCAAAGAAGAAUCCGCCCGAAAUGAAGCCGUCAUCGCGCAACUCAAGUCCAUCUUAUCCACAGUGGAGACUGUGAGCCCUGAUCGCGCUGAAAACGGAUCAAAGGCGGAUGCAGCUGUGAAACCGGUGGACCUGUCUUUCCUCACCUCCAGUCCCGCGGCACGUCAGCUCCGUGUUGGCGUAGACACCAGUGCUCAUACGAAAUAUGCUCCUCUGACCACCAACACCACCUUUAUCCUGUCUCAACUUCCGGCCUUGCAUGCUACUCUGGAGAAUCUACGGCCCAAAUUGGCUAGCUUGCCCGGGUCGUCCCAAGGAUUGACGUCUAGGACAAAGCGGGAUGAACGCAGAGAAUAUAUCGAGAGUCGAAUCAGACUACAUUUGGAACGCGCCGGCCAAUUGGCUGUGAGCGACAACGGCAAUCCGGUCGUUGCGGGCCGUCGCAUCGACAUUUCCGAGGCUCAGGCUUUGGAGAGCGUGGCAAGCAUGCUUACACAGACACGGAAAGACUGA